GUUACCACCCGGCUUCGUUGGAUCCGACGUGUUGUUCUCAUCCACAAUCGCAUCCGCUGCUGCGUGCUCUCACGGUUCAUCCCUUACCCUUCCUUUCUCUGCCCUACUUGUGUGCCGCUGCGUGCCCAUCUGCAACUCGACAGGUCGACAGAGGUUGCCCGUGUUGCAUCGAGCAUAUCACCACCAGAUCUGUCCACCCCUUGCAAUUAGAAUGAGGGGCAGUGCCAUUUAUGCCCGCCUCCCUUCUCCUCCCCUCCCUAUAAAACCGCCUUACUUCUCUCGAUUCAUCUCGUUCUUUCCUUCCAGAUCUGUUGCAGUGUCUCCUAGAUUGUCUUCUCCUGUCUCGACUCCCUUCACCACCUUUUGUUCCAAGGCAGCAUCUGAAUCGGGAUCGCUUGUCGGAGAGCCCAAAGAGAUGACGAUCACCAAAACAGUCUGGGUUUCUGAUAGGAAACUGGUCAUCAAAGACCGCACCGUCCUCUCCGGCGUUCCUGAGAACGUGAUCUCUAGCUCUGCCGUCAGCUCCGGCCCCGUCGACGGCAUCUUCCUCGGCACUCAGUUCUCUGAGCCGUCAUGUCGUCAUGUCGUGUCUCUUGGCACGCUGAGAGAUGUUCGAUUCUUGGCGAGCUUCCGCUUCAAGCUGUGGUGGAUGGCUCAGAAGAUGGGCGAUCAGGGGAGGGACAUCCCCCAUGAGACCCAAUUCCUCCUCCUUGAAUCCAAGGAUGGAUCUCAGCUUACGGCGAUGGAUGGCAGCGGCAGCAGCAGCGAUGAGAUUGUCUACACCGUCUUCCUCCCGCUAGUCGAAGGCCCCUUCCGGGCCUGCCUCCAGGGUAACUCCCGCGACGAGCUGGAGCUGUGCCUUGAGAGCGGCGACGACGACACCAAGUCCGCCUCCUUCUCCCACGUCCUGUUCGUCGGCGCCGCGAGCUCCGACCCCUUUGCAGCCAUAUCAGGCGCCAUCGACGCCGUCAAGUCCCGUCUCAAGUCCUUCCGCCACCGCAGCGAUAAGAAGCUCCCGGGCGUCGUGGACUACUUCGGCUGGUGCACGUGGGACGCCUUCUACCAGGACGUCACGCAGGAGGGCGUCGAAGCCGGGCUCAGAAGCCUCACUACCGGCGGCGCCCCGCCGCGAUUCGUCAUCAUCGAUGACGGAUGGCAGUCCGUCGGCUCCGAUCAAUCCUCAGAAGAGCCAGAGAAGCCGAGUCCUUUGCUACGGCUGACCGGAAUCAAGGAGAACGGCAAGUUCCAGAGCAAGGAGGAUCCCGCCGCCGGGAUCAAGACAAUCGUGCAAACAGCGAAGGACAAGUACGGGCUCAAGUAUGUCUACGUAUGGCACGCGAUCACUGGGUACUGGGGCGGAGUGCGGCCGGGGGUCGAGGGGAUGGAGGACUACAAUUCCAAGAUGCAGUACCCCAAGGUGUCGCCGGGAGUGGUGGAGAACGAGCCGGGGAUGAAGACGGACGUGCUCACGAUGCAGGGGCUGGGCCUGGUGCACCCCAAGAGCGUAUACAAGUUCUACAACGAGCUCCACCGCUACUUGGCGGCCGCCGGCAUCGACGGGGUCAAGGUCGACGUGCAGUGCAUCUUGGAGACCCUCGGUGCCGGACACGGUGGGAGGGUGGAGCUGACGCGACAGUACCACCGGGCUCUCGAUGCAUCGAUCGCCAAGAAUUUCCCGGACAAUGGCUGCAUCGCUUGCAUGAGCCACAACACCGAUGCUCUCUACUGCUCGAAGCAGACGGCGGUGGUGCGGGCGUCGGAUGAUUUCUACCCGAGGGAUUCGGUGUCGCACACCAUCCACAUCGCCUCAGUUGCGUACAACAGCAUCUUCCUCGGUGAGAUCAUGCUCCCUGAUUGGGACAUGUUCCACUCUCUGCAUCCGGCAGCAGAGUACCAUGCAUCAGCUCGAGCGAUUAGUGGAGGACCGAUAUACGUAAGUGAUGCCCCCGGAAAGCACAACUUUGAGUUGCUGAAGAAAUUGGUGUUGCCCGAUGGAUCCAUUCUUCGCGCUCGAUUGCCCGGUCGUCCUACGCGUGAUUGCCUCUUCUCUGAUCCUGCUCGUGAUGGUGUGAGCUUGCUCAAGAUAUGGAACAUGAACAAGUACACCGGAGUUCUUGGGGUCUUCAAUUGCCAAGGUGCAGCGUGGAGCUCCACGGAGAAGAAGAACAUGUUCCACCAAACAACAUCAGAGGCUCUGACCUGCGCCGUGAGAGGAAGUGACGUGCAUCUCGUCUCCGAGGCUGCAACCGACCGAGACUGGAAAGGUGACUGCGUUGCCUUCCGCCACAGAGACGGAGAGCUUGUCCUCCUCCCAUUCAGAGCUGCCAUGCCCGUCUCCUUGAAGGUUUUGGAGCAUGAGAUCUUCACAGUCUCCCCCAUCAAGGAUCUGGCACCUGGUAUCAGAUUUGCGCCGAUAGGCCUGGCGGACAUGUUCAACGCUGGAGCAGCAGUAGAAGGCCUCACAUACCAUGUUCUGAGUGCAGCCAGCAUGUUGGAGUCCGGUUCAGGAUUCGGCGGUAGCGAGUCGAACGAGGCACCGCCGCCGGCGAACAGGGGACCCGAUGCUCUUGCAAUAAUAUGCAUGGAAGUCAAGGGAUGCGGGAGAUUUGGAGCAUACUCCUCCGUUAGGCCGAGGAGAUGUUCGCUGGGUUCUGUGGAUGUAGAGUUCGCUUAUGAUUCUUCUUCUGGUUUCCUGGCUCUUCAUUUAGAAGCCAUGCCCAAGGGUGAUCAGAGAGUUCACAAUGUAGUGGUCGAAGUGUAGGCAAAUUUAGAUCCAUCGGUGGGGAAAUUGGACGACUGAGGGGAAGAUGGGAAUUGAUUGUGGUUGAUAGCUAAUGAUUCAAAUUUUGCAUUUGUUCUUCA